AUGCCCAUCAAGUCGCCCUACCCGUGGAUGGACCUGCCCGAGGUCAACAUCCUCAGCCACAUCUUCCCCGAGAACCAGAAGCCGGACGAGGACCCGAUAUGGAUCGACAGCAAGAACCCCGAGAACAGCUUGUCGCCGGCGCAGGCCCUGCCCUGGAUCAAGCGCUUGACCUUUGGCCUGCAGCGGCUGGGGCUCGAGAGGGGUGAUGUCGCCAUGAUCCACACGCCGAACCACAUCUUCGUCCCUGUCGCGUACCUGGGCAUUGUGGCCGGCGGCUUCGUCUUUUCCGGCGCCAACCCGGGCUACACGGUAUCCGAGGUCGUCCACCAGCUCAAGAACACGGGCGCCAAGUGCAUCCUGGUCCACCCCAAGCUCGUCGAGACGACCCUCAAGGCGGCCAGGAUCGCGGGCGUGCCCGAGUCGCGCAUCUUCCAGUUCUCCGACUCGGAGGCGGCGCCGGCCCAGCACGGCGGCGUCCGGGACUGGCGGGCCAUGAUCGGCACCGAGGCCGACGCCGCGACCUACCGCUGGCCCGAGCUCACCCCGGCCGAGGCGCGCGCGACGGUGGCGACCAUCAACUACAGCUCCGGCACGACGGGCCUGCCCAAGGGCGUCUGCGUCUCCCACGCCAACAUCAUCGCCAACCUCGAGCAGACCAUCGUCAUGCGCUACGCCCACAAGCCGUACCCCGUCGGCCGCCGCCCCGCCGAGCGCUGGGUCGGCUUCCUGCCGCUGUACCACGCCUACGGCCAGCUGUACGUCAUGCUCAUGUCGGUGCGCCUGCGCGCGCCCGUCUACAUCAUGACCGAGUUCCGGUACGACGAGUUCCUGGCCGCCAUCGGGCGCUACCGCAUCACGAGCCUGCAGGCCGCGCCGCCCAUCCUCGUCAUGCUGUCCAAGCGGCCCGAGACGGCGCGCUACGACCUCUCGAGCCUGCGCGACGUGCUCUGCGGCGGCGCCCCCCUGUCGCGCGAGCUGCAGAACGAGUGCCAGAAGCGGUUCGACGUGCAGAUCAACCAGGGCUGGGGCAUGACCGAGGUGACGUGCGGCGCGCUGCACGUCCCCGGCGGCGUGCGCGACCUGUCGGGCAGCGUGGGCCGGCUCGACCCCAACUGCGAGGCCAAGCUGGUCGACGAGCAAGGGAAGGAGGUCCCCGCGGGCCAGCCGGGGGAGCUGUGCGUCCGGGGCCCGCAGAACUGCCUCGGGUACUGGCGCAACGAGGCGGCGACCCGGGAGCUGUUUGACGAGGAGGGGUACCUGCGGUCCGGGGACAUCGCCGUGGCCAACGAGGACGGGUACUUUUGGAUCGUGGACCGGAAGAAGGAACUGAUCAAGGUCAAUGCGCUGCAGGUGGCGCCGGCCGAGCUGGAGGGCGUGCUGCUGGAGCACGAGCACAUUGCUGACGCGGCGUGCGUCGGAAUCACUGUCCACGGCGAGGAGUACCCGCGAGCGUACGUGGUGCCGCACGAGGCGUCGAGGGGCAAGGUCACGGAGGAGCACAUCCACCAGUACAUGGAGGAGCGGGUGGCCAAGCACAAGCGGCUGGCGGGCGGCAUCGUCUUCAUCGACGAGGUGCCCAAGCUGGCCAGCGGCAAGAUCCAGCGCAAGACGAUGCGCGAGUGGUCCAAGAGGGACGCGGCCGAGAUCGAGAAGCAGGGCAAGAAGCCGCGGCCGAGGCUGUAG